AUGUCGCGCCGGUCGAUCUACUUCAACCCCGCAGCCGCACAUGAGCACAUCGCCUCCCCGCAGAUCGAAGGGCUAACACAAUUCCACCGAUCAUUUCCCAACUAUGCGCCAACGCCGCUAGUCCAGCUACCGGAGCUAGCCAGAGAUCUAGGUGUUCACUCUGUUUUCGUCAAAGAUGAGAGCAAUCGAUUUGGCCUGCCCUCUUUCAAAGUCCUGGGUGCCUCGUGGGGGUGCUUCCGGGCGAUUGCGGCACAACUCGGACUGGAUGCGACAGUUUCCCUCGAUGAACUGUCAAAGCAAGCCCGGAAUGCCUCGAUUGUCCUGACAACUGCAUCAAUGGGUAACCACGGGAGGGCGGUCGCGUUCAUGGCACGAUUACUCGGUGUCGAGGCGCGCAUCUUCGUUCCUCGAUCAUUGGACGAGGGCACUCGCAACCUGAUUGCUGGUGAAGGCGCCAGAAUAGUCGUUGUCCAGGGUGAUUAUGAUCAGGCUGUGCAAGCAGCUUUGAAAGAAAGCCGAGGACAAAACGUGCUUCUUAUUCAGGAUACUGCCUUUGAGGGAUAUGAAGAUGUUCCUGCAUGGAUCGUGGAUGGAUACUCCUCCAUGAUGACCGAGGUUCAGGAGGAGCUUGCUCGUCUAGGACUCUCCAGCAACAUGGUGAUUACUCCUGUCGGGGUGGGCAGUCUUGCCCAUGCAGUAGUCAAGCAUUGCAAAUCACAGGACACGCCAAUGUCUGUAGUUGCUGUCGAGCCAGACACUGCGGCGUGUCUAGCAUCCAGUUUGAAGGCUGGAAAGUCUGUGACAGUGCAGGGCUCUGAGACUAUCAUGAAUGGUAUGGAUUGUGGCACUGUAUCCCUUUCUGCUUGGCCUGAUCUCCGCCGGUCGGUCGACGCCUGUGUCACAGUAUCCUCCUACGAAAGCCACUGUGCCUUGCAAUAUCUUCAAGCCAAUUCUGUCAAUGCUGGACCAUGUGGUGGCGCAUCUCUCGCGGCUCUUCGACACCUGGCCACCUCCAACACGUCUCUUUUGAACAAGGACUCUGUCAUUGUUCUUCUCAGCACUGAGGGCGCCCGGCAAUACACAACCCCAAAGGACGUCUCUGCUGAUAAUGCAGUUGGUUUGACACAGGCUCUGACACAAAUCAACUCUUCCAACCCAACCCUCUCCGUCACAGACGGGGUUGGUGAGAAUGAGAUCGCCAACUACCUUGCAGCUUGGUUUGCCCACCGAGAUAUCGAGUAUCAUUGGAUUGAGAAGGUUGCCGGAAGACCGUCUCUUGUUGGCGUGCUUCGCGGUAGUGGCGGUGGAAAGUCUCUAAUGUUCAAUGGCCACACCGAUACUGUCAGUCUGACUACUUACGAGACAGACCCACUCUCUGGAUCAAUCGGAGUCAAAGAUGGCAAGGAGGUUGUCUUUGGCCGGGGUUGUCUGGACAUGAAGGGUGGCUUAGCGGCAGGAUUGGCAGCGCUCGCGGCAACGAAGGCUACGGGGCGCGUCCCCCGGGGCGAUGUGAUCGUAGCUGCUGUGUCUGACGAAGAGGAUAAAUCGCAAGGAACACAAGACGUGAUCGAGGCUGGCUGGCGUGCUGACGGAGCUGUCUUCCCCGAGCCAACCCAGGGGGCUAUCAUGACUGCCCACAAAGGGUUCAUUUGGAUUGAUAUUGAUAUCUUGGGAGUAGCCGCUCAUGGAUCUGACCCUUCAUCAGGAGAAGAUGCCAUCCUCUAUGCUGGGUAUUUUCUGCAGGCUCUGGAAGAAUAUCAAUCUCGCCUGCCUGUUGACGAUCUUCUGGGUCAAGGAUCGUUGCAUUGCGGCCUUAUUCGGGGUGGUGAGGAGCCUUCAUCUUACCCCAGUAUCUGUACGAUCACCAUCGAAUUCCGCACAGUCCCUGGGCAGACAGAAGAGACUUUGCUGGCAGACAUGAAGGCUCUAUUGGAAGGCAUCGCGCACAAGAAGCCUCAAUUCAAAUUUGCAGAUCCUCGCAUUGCGAUGUCUCGUCCUACGCAAAAGGUAGCAGUUGACCAUCCGUUUGUACAACAGGUUGUUUCAUCUUCAUCUACAAUCUUGGGCAGUGCCCCUGCUGUGAAGAGUGGUCCUUUCUGGACUGAUGCAGCAUUCUUUGGCGCUGUUGGUGUCCCCUCGAUUGUAUAUGGGCCUGCAGGACAGGGUCUUCACGCAAAGGAGGAAUGGGUUGAGGUGGAGAGUCUGCAACAGUUUGAGAGCAUGUUCACUCAACUGAUACAGGAUUUUUGCUACUAG